GCCAGCCACGGACGGCCCAGCCCGGACGAGCUCGAGUCCCGCCCGCUUCCUCGCCAGCUUGCCUAUAAGCGCCGCCACGGCGCCUGGUACGGUAGCGCUCCCAAAACGCCCACCAUGCCGCCAUUCGCAACCGCACCCCAGCUCUGCAAGCUCUCGCAACCCACCGCGUCCGAGAUGAAGUUUGUCGCCGCGUACCUGCUGGAGAGCCUGGGCGCCGACGCCGCCACCGAGGAGAGGGUUGACGCGCUCCCUGCCCCGGCCCCGGCGCUCCCGACCAAGAAUGACGUGCGUCGCAUCCUGAUCUCCAUCAGCGCCGAGGUGGAGCAGGAUCGCCUCGACCGGCUCUUAGCCCUCCUGGAGGUCAAGGACAUUGCCGAGCUGAUCGCCACGGGCAGGGAGCAGCUUGCCUACGCGCCGUCAGGAGCCGCGGCUGGCGUGAUCGCCGCUCCUGCCGCUGCCGAGGCCGUGGAGGCAACCAAGAAGGAGGAGGACGACGACGACGUAGCCCUCUUCAACCUCUUCGACUGAUCGUGCAACCCUACGUGGACCGAUCGAUGCCAUCCUCGCCCUGUCCUGCUAGUGUUUGCUUGUUGCUCUGAUUGUAGUAUUGUAUUAUUGUAGUAAUAAAACCAUGGUGCAUGCUCUUGUUGUCUAGAUCCAGGAUAGAGCCUGCGUUUGAUGCCGAUCGAAGGGUUUUGCCCGGAUGAUCUUGCUGAUCGGAGAUUGAUCUGAGGCUGUUCUAAUCAAUUUCAGUAGUUAAUACAUGUUUGAGACGUCCGGCUA